UCUAACUUUUUAUUUUGGUGCUGCUAGUAAGACCUCCAGCUCCUGUUGUGUCACGUUUGCAGGUUGUUAUCUUGCAAUACUUUUUCAAUAUAUUAUCCCGUAACUUCACUUAGUCCCACAGUCACAACUGGAGCUCAACACAGCUUCCUUCUUGUUCCAAACCCGACUCCUUUCAUGUGAGAGACUUUGAUCCACCCCUGACUAUCAACCUGCAAACCACCCUGUCUGCUAACCAGCAUAAACACAUAGAAACUGUCAGUGAGCAGGACCACCACCCACCAAAAGCUGAAACUUACAUUCCACACAAUCAGCCAGUGAGAGAUACGUGCAUCCGCUGAAGCAGCCUGCGAGACAUCUAACUGGCCUGACCAACGGGCAACAAGCAGCAGACAAGUUAGCCAAACAGACGGGCAGCCAUGUUGAUCAUCUUAGCCUUCAUUGUCCUCUUCCAUCUGGCUACAGCCAUCCUGCUCUUUGUUGCAACUAUUCACAAUGCGUGGUGGGUGGUGUCACCACCUGGACGUGACGUGAUCUACACUGACCUGUGGUACUCCUGUAACGUCACAUGCUUCCCUGUGGAGAACAGCCAUACCGCUGAUGCAGCCUACCUGCAGGCGGUCCAGGCCACUAUGAUCCUCGCCUCCAUUUUAUGUUGCGUCAGCUUCUUCGUCUUCAUCCUACAGCUCUUCAGGAUCAAACAGGGAGAGAGAUUCGUUUUCACCGCUGUUAUCCAACUGUUGGCCUCUCUAUGUGUGAUGAUCGCAGCGUCCAUUUACACGGCUCAGAAAAACAGCUUUCAUGUGCCAAGUCUUCAGGAAGGCUCCUACGGCUCUUCUUAUGUCCUGGCCUGGAUCUGCUUCCCCAUGACUCUCAUCAGCGGCCUCAUGUACCUGGUGCUCAGGAAGCGCAAAUAGAUGUGACAGGCUUGAUGCAAAAACUCACAAAUAUGCAAAUGUAUAAAUAGGAACACUUGGACAAAAAUGCAUAAAGACAUACACUUUUCCUCAACAAACAUACCUACGCACAUGCUCUUUCUAACCCUUAGGUUUUAUAAUACCAUUGGAGAUCAGGAAAUAUCCCAGAAAUGUCAAAUCCAUUUAACUUAAAGUCUUGUGUUCAGAGCCAGACACACUUUGUCCACCUUACAAACUCAAAACCCCAAAUAAUCACACACCCUUCUCCCUCCUGAUGGUACAUUGUUCUCACCAAAUGUGGUAAGGAUGCGUUAGGACUCCCCAGACUGCCAGUGUGUUCAUUAUGGGCUAUAUAUUUGUUCCAAACAAGUGCCUCAGAAACAUGGCUGACAGACCCACUGUCUAUGUUUUUCCUUUUUUCAUGCAUGACAGUAACUAAAAUAUUUUUCUGUAAACAUUUAAGGCGAGAAUUACACCAUGAUUCACAUUUGAUUUGCAAUGCCUGGUUUGAAAGGUGUCAGGUGACUUUUGCCAGCUAGAUACACAGCGCUUAAUAGGUUCAUUUGCAUAAAGCUGAGAACAUGCAUUCCAUGCAAAUGCGCUCAUUCACUUAUUGCUCUGCAUAGAACAUACACGACAUGGCCAGCUGAGACUCUGGUGGUCCAGCUGUGAUUGCAUUUGGUGAGAACAUACUCUGACUAUCCUCUUCCCUCUUUUCCCCCCAGCCAACACAUUGAUUUAUCUCUUGUCUCAUUGUGUACCGGUUCCCCUCCCACACCAUUCAUAGGAACUUGUGUAAAAUAUCUAAUCACAAAGGAUAAAGGUUGAAGAAGAAAAGUGGGGAGGUUUGCCUCACUGGGACACAGCCCCUGGACUUUCCAAAGGGUCCAUUCGUUUUUUGUGAAGCUUUAGUCAACAGAAUUUAUUUUGUACAUAUUUGCUGUGUAUGUAUAGUUCAGGUAAUUGCCAAAAACUUAUUUCUAAGACUGAACUACAGUGGGGUCCAAAAGUGUGAGACCACAUCUCAAACUUUUGGACCCCACUGUACGAGAAAAACAGAGAAUCUUAUGUUAACCAUAGUAUAUAGGAAGUGUAGUGAAGCAGUAGGUGAGGUAUAAUAUGUAGGAUUUUAACCUGUUGUUUGUAUUCUUAUGUUACUGACUCGUAUUUUAUUGGUGAAAAAGGAACCAAUGAUGUGCUGUGAUAUUUGGGAUUUAAAAUGACAAAACAGAAACAUGCAAACUUGAAGUAAGAAUGAACAUUUCUUUGUUAUUAUUGUGCCUUUUUUGUUCACAGCUUCACUGAAAAAAGACAAACACUAUUUAUUGUUUAAAACCACUGUUGUUUAUUUUAGCAUGUGACUGAGUGUGUAUGAAAUAAUUCAGUCUUCCCUCUCUGGCCAAGCUACUGUUUAUUUGGUCCAUUACUCAUACAUCUCCAUCACCCAUAUAGACGUAUUACAUUUAAUGUCAAUAAAUUCAUUACUGUGUUGUACAUGCCACCAAUUCCCAGAAUUACUUGUGGCCACAGCAUUCAUAUAGAUAAUGUUUGAUUCCACAUUAGACCUGCAUAAACUGGUUUUACUUUCUUUUUUCUCGGUGUUGGUUUUGGGGUGACACAGUUAAGGGAGACCAGCGGGGUAUUAAUAUGGUAGCUGCUAGGACCUGAAACAAAGGAAACAAGCACUGGGUUGUUAAGUGAUAGAAAUGUGUCCAUGUUGGACAGACUUUGGACCACAGAGCCUGGUAACAUACCAGCUCAUCAAAAAUGAAGAUUCAGGGAAGGGAAAUGAAGAAUUUGCUCUGCUAUCUCAAGAUGAUACUUGAUUGAGAUUGUGAUGUUUGUUGUUCUUGUUUGUUGUUUUUGUGAAGUUGUUAUCUUAAAAGUGUUUCACUAAAUAAUAAGCCUCCUGUUUGCAUGAAGUUUUUGUCCUUCAGCGAGUCCCUUUAACUUGAGAUGAAAAGUAAGUUGUUGAAGUUCCAUAGGCUGGAGAAGGAGAUGUUUUUUUUUUUUUUUUUGUGAAAUACAGUUUAUUAUAGAUUAUGUAAAAUUUGGAUUCAUUUGACAUUGAUCAAAAACAUUCUAUAUUAUGAAUAAACCAAGAACUUGAACAUAAAUUCUGUGCAUUCUCUGUUGCAGAUAUUCAACAGAAAUCACAGCUAUCUGUCUUAAGAGUUGACUUAUUAGAGCUACUCUUGAUUUAGAGUUGGAAAUGUUUUGUUAUUGUUGUGCUUAUUUUCCUGUAGUGUGUUUUAUGUCAAUGCAGAUGAACUGUAUCUUAGUCAAUGUUGAUCUAUACAAAUAACCAGAUGGCCAUACUGACAAAUAAUUAUACAGCUUGUUGAAGCCAAAAUUGUAUUUAUGGGGAUUUUUUAAAAACAUUUUUUGCAGUUAAAAUAUUUCAAAUGCUUUCAAAUGAAGUAUUAAUUACACAUUGGUUGAGAAUCUCAUGUUGUUUUACAGUGGAGACAUGUUGAAAGUUUGCUUUAGGGCAUAGGAUUCAUCCAAAAGUUUUUUGUGAGAUCUGACACAGGCUUAUAUGUCAUGGCAAACGGGAGUGUUUCUGCUUGUUACAGACUCCUUUGCUUUUACUCUUUUAGGCAAAUUCAAUUACAGCAUGCUAUUUAUUUUGGCCUCUGUUGCAGCAUCAGUGGCAGCUUCUACAAUCUGUACGAAAUGACUGUCUUCAUGUCUUCCAACUGAAAUGUUUGUCUGCUAUUGACACCCAGUGGACUGACAGAAAACUACACCAUGUGUAGCUGUUAUUUUUAUAGCUUCAGGCUACAGAAUAGACUCCUGCAAGCUCCUGCCGAUCACUCCUGCAAAGAAUGAGCAGUUUCUGCUUGGUGAAUCCUGCUGCUCUAAUCUCAGAACCACAGAUUGGGCAAACUACCAGCAGAUUCAGGAACAAAGACUCAUCUCCCCUGCAAAAUAUUUAUUGGUGCUUAUUUUUCUUGCCGUGUUCCCCACCCAUCAGAUGUAGAUCUCAAUAAAUGUAUUUUACAAUGAAUAAAA